UUAGAAUAAUAAAUACUUUAGAAAUGAAGAACUUAACCAUCCCAAAUAAACAUGUAAUAGGGUGCAUAUUUCUUCUCAUCAUGAAUUUGGUAGCACAAGUUAGUGCAUUUUGGUCAUCUGGUCAUAUGAUAGUAGCUAGAAUCGCCUACGAACAAAUUAAGUCUAUCAACCCAACUCUCAUGGAGCAGAUCGAAGCUGAAAUUGGCCAUCUUGGUCAAUUUUCUAAGGAUGGCAACUAUCCGUUUGUUGAAGCCUCUAAUUGGCCGGAUGACAUCAAAGAACUUGGAAUGUCACAAUUUAGUCAGUGGCAUGUUGUAAGAACUCCUAUCAUUAGAGAUGGAUACCAAGGAGAUACUUUUGAAGAGCCUCAAAAUGCUACAUGGGCUAUUAACGAGAUGAUCCAGACGCUUAAUUUCACAGAGAAGAAGAGCAUAGAUGCUGGAUUUGGAGUCUCAUUCGCUUGGAGAUUUUUAAUCCAUUUGGUAGGAGAUAUUCAUCAACCUCUUCACACUGGCACACUAUACACAAAAGAGUUCCCUGAAUCGGAUAAUAUAGGACAUAGAUGGAAAAUAGACUACGCCAAAUCUGAAAUGGACGAGUUGCAUCAUUUUUGGGAUGCUUGAGUAGACCAAUACGGUUCAAUCUGGAACCCUCUUACUCGAUCAGAAUGGGAUCAAAUUGGUACAUUUGCUCAUGAACUCAUGACCAAACAUCCCAGAGAGUCUGUCUCUAAGCGUUUAGAAAUCACAGAUUCCUUCGAUUGGGCUGCCGAGAGCCAUGAAUUUGUUAAGAAUUUUGUGUAUAACGGAAUCACACUUGGUGAGAAAAUAUCUGAGGAGUACAUUGAAAGAGGCAGAAAAUUCAUAAACGAACAGUUAGUAGUAGCUGGGUACAGACUAGCUGAUAUAUCAGAGAAAAUUGCCACUAAAAGAUAUUAUGAUAUCUAUCAAUAA